CUCUGGCCGAGUUCAGUAUGAAAUCACCAUCCUCUAGAAUCACUUUCUUCGCGCCGGACGUGCUUUCCGCGUAAAAGUUUCAUCGCGUGCGUUCCAACCGGCGAGAAAGCUCGUCGUGCGCUUAGAAAGGAUUCCGUUUUUUUCGGAUCCUAGUGUCCAAGAAUUUACAUCUCUCGAAGAAAACUAGAAAGGGAAUCUGAGAGAGAAAGAUUAUCGUGCGCACGAUGGCGUACAGCUGGGAUAAUCGUGUUAAUUUCAUAGUGAAAUUUCUGUACGAUAUUGAUAACAACGGAUAUUUGGAUAAGCACGAUUUCGAGUGCAUGGCACUAAGAAUGACGCUGAUCGAAGGCAAGGGCGAGUUCACGUACACCCGGUACCAAGAAAAUCUUCACAUUAUGCUCUCUUUGUGGGAGGAAAUAGCCGAUUUGGCAGAUUUUGAUAAGGACGGCGUAGUAACGAUAGAAGAAUUCAAAAAGGCUGUGCAAAGUAGCUGUGUUGGUCGUUCUUAUAAUGAUUUUCCUCAAGCUAUGAAGAUGUUCAUCGAUACCCACUUCAAAAUACUUGACAUGAAUGAGGAUGGCGUAAUUGGUGCCGAAGAAUUUCGAUAUGAUUGUGUUUCAAGGAUUGCUGUGGAUAAUAUAGACGUCCUUGAUAAGGCUUAUCAAAGUCUCUUGAACGACGACGACAGAAAACGCGGUGGAUUGACCUUAUCACGUUAUCAGGAAUUAUACGCGCAAUUUCUCGGUAAUCCCGACGACAACUGUCCAGCGAUUUACCUCUUUGGGCCAAUAGGACAAGAAUCAUAACUGAAAUAUUUGUCAUUUCAAAGCGGCAUGAAUCUUUAUAUCAUUGUAUGUACAAAAAGAUACACAAAAAAUGUGUUUAACUCAAUAUCUGUAUUAAUCCUUGUAAAAAUUAUUGUAAUAAAUCGGAUAUUUUACUGUAA